UUUUUAAAAAAAAAAAUUAAGCAUCGUCACUCGUGAUAUUAUUUUUUUCAUGUUUGUUACUCACACUUAUUCCUGAGUUUUUUAUUUUUAUUUUUAAUAAAACGCCACAAGACCUUUAAAGAACUCCUUCUUCGUCUUCACAAAAUACAGAGCAAACAGAAGAAAAUUCAUUUCAAGUAUGGCUAGUUCUGGAUGUCAUGCUCUGUUUUUGGUACUCCUCUCCAUAGUUCUUGCUUACACAGCAAUCAAAUCCACCAUUCAUUCUAAAUCAACUGUCAAUUACUCAAAUUCACCUCAACAAUUCAACAAACAUGCCCUCACCAUGAAAGCUUCUAAAGCUCUUAGAAAUCAAGGAUUCAACAUUAUAGCUACUCUACUUCAACUCUCUCCUGAGAUUUUCCUAUCAACUCCACAAUCCACCAUCUUCGCAAUUCAAGAUUCCGCCAUUUCCAGGCUCUCUGUUCCUUCUUGGGCAAUGAAGCAGCUCCUUCAUUACCAUAUUUCUCCUACAAAAAUCCCAUUUCAACAACUUUUGAAUAAGUCCCAAGGUUGUUGCUUGACGACCCUUUUAUCUCAGAAGAAAAUUGCCGUCACCAGAAUUGAUAAAAAACAGAGCAUCAUCGAGAUCAACAAUGUCUCUGUUUCUCAUCCUGGUGUGUUUCUUGAAGGAAAUCUUUCGAUUCAUGGAGUUAGUGGGGCCUUCUCUGUGUUAGAUUUUCAUGGAAUCGACGAACAUAUAGACGUUAUUCAAUCACCAAUUUGUGAUGAAAUGCCAAACGGAAGUGUUACCGGUACCAAGAACUUGGUUAAUUGGCCGAGAAUCAUCAACUGGCUCAGCUCCAAUGGAUAUGCCUCCUUUGCAAUUGAAUUGCAUUCUGUUCUUGAUGGGGUUCUUCAAGAUUCUGCAAAUUUAAGCUUUGUAACAAUCUUUGCUCCUCCACAUUUGGGAUUUUUAUCAUCUCCUUCACCAUUGCUUGAAAGAAUCGUAAAGCUUCAUAUAAUGCCCCAGAGAUACACUUUCAUGGAAUUAUCUUUCUUGCCGGACAUAUCAUCCCUCAAAACACUGGCUCCAGCCCUGAAUGUCACCAUUUCUAAGAGCAAUUUCUCGCGCGUUUUGAUCAUUGAUGGUGUGGAGAUCACAGCACCAGAUAUUUUCGUGUCUAAGACGUUCGUCAUCCAUGGAAUAUCUCGCCCUUUUCACUUGGAGGAGCUAUCCAUUUCAUUCAGAUGAUAAGCAUUUCUGUUACAUGUAUCUUAAAUAUGCAAGCAAAGUUGAUAAACACCAUGUUACAUACAUGUUAAUUUCUAGCUUGCUAGUUCUAUCGUACUUAUUUCUAUGUUGCUCGGACUCUCCAAAAAGAUAGCACACCUGUGUAAGAUACUCUAGAAAUACACUACGUUUGGAGGAUCAAACAUGCCCCCAUCGAUAUUUAUUAAAAGUCCGAGCAUCACAACUCUAUAUCAA